UUUUGUAAGAUAACAAAAUACUCUGUCAGAACGAGACUCUCACAGAAGAUAGAUACAGAUACAGUAGGCAAUAGAACUUCCCCUUUUCACCUUCACUGUGUGUGUAUAUGUGUGUUUCUUAAGCUUAUCUUCUUUAUAAUCCCCUUCAACUUAUGAACCCAUUUUCCAUGCUCUCAACAAUUUUAGAGCUCCUCAAAGGCUUUUAACCAACCAGUGAAGUUCAUUUUACUUUACAAAGAAAAUUUUAAGAAUGAGCCUGUACACUAAUAUGGCUCUAACCAGUGACAAAAGACCGAGCACUAUAGCAAAGGCAACAAGUUUGAACCCAAAUGCUGUGGAAUUUGUCCCUUUUUCCCUAAGAUCAUCCCCUGGAAACAGUAGUGCCGUAGAUGUGUCAUCAAUAUCUCCCCCUACUGGCAAUGUACCUCUAAAAAAAACAGGACUAGAUAGAUCAGAAUCAUCAGUUUCAAAUAAGUCUGAUGAAGAGGCUCGACAGUACUGGAGCUCCCAGCUCCCUGACGAUAUCACUCCUGACUUCAAUGUUGUCGGAGAGGAGUAUAGUAUAGAAAUUAAUGACCUUCCAUUCUCAGACUUAUCCCUAAUCAACGGAAAUGAAAGGGCAAGGUUGCCUGGUGCUUCAACAGCCAGUAGCUUGAUUUUAAAGGAACAACAGAACUUUUCUCCUCGUAGAGUUACAGGUGGAAGCUAUCCUAAUAAGGUGGGAUUUUCUGCUGCGUCAUAUAGAGACGGUCAAUCACCAGUCAGUUAUCAUACUGCAAGUACCAAACCUUGGGACAGACAAAUUAUAAACAAUGAUCAUCUACUUGACAGUGUUAGCGAGGGGCCCUUAUACAACCGGAAUUCAGGUCAUGGGUUUUUAGAUGAAAUGUUGAAUGAGCAACAUAUGCCAGAGAAUACAGCUGUAAACCCUCUCGAGUUUUUAUCUUCACUAUUUCCUGGCUUUGCAGCAGAAAGCCUUGCAGAAGUGUACUUUGCGAAUGGGGGUGACUUGAACCUUACUGUUGAAAUGCUCACUCAGCUAGAACUUCAAGUUGAAGGUGAAAUUAAUCAGAACCUCAACGUAAAGGCCAUAUCAGCUCAGAAUCUUAGUGCACGUGAUUUUCCUGCAUUUGCAGAGGGUCACAGUGGUGUACCCAAAUAUUCUGUAGAAGAGUCCCAACAAAGUGUCAAUCCAUAUCGAGCAUCAGAUAAGGAAAAUCUUCUCUUCUUUAAAUCUAGCUCAUCCAUUCCAUCUAGAGGGCCAAUAGACUUUGCUUCGACUGUGAGAAAAAUGGCCUCCCAGGAUACUGGUAUGUGGAAUUAUGACAGAAAUGGUUCUGCUGAUGUGAAUAUUGGUUCAAGUAGAAGUUCACAUGUUCUAGCUAGUGCUUAUAAUGGCGCGCAAGAGAGGGCCAUUCAUGGAGACAGGUUGCAAGGUCGAAGUUUGGCUCGUGCAGCUCCUGUUUGGCUCGAAACUGGAGACUCAGUGGCAAAUAUGUAUUCGGAAACACGGGAGGAAGCUCGUGACUAUGCUCGUCUGCGUAAGUUGUACUUUGAACAGGCUCGUGAAGCAUUCCUUGUCGGUAACAAGGCAUUGGCUAAAGAACUGAGUGUGAAAGGAGAGCUGCACAACAUGCAGAUGAAGGCAGCUCAUGCCAAAGCACAGGAUUCUAUCUAUCAACAAAGGAAUCCUCUUGGUGCGGAUAUACAAGGGAAUGGCAGAGGACAAGAGAGAGUAAUAGAUCUGCAUGGGCUCCAAGUGAGUGAAGCAAUUCAUAUAUUGAAGCGUGAUCUGACAGUAUUAAGAAGUGCAGCUAGGUCGGUAGAUCAGCGCUGGCAGGUUUACAUUUGCGUCGGAACAGGCCAUCAUACCAGAGGUGCUCGCACUCCAUCCAGACUUCCAACUGCCAUCCAACGCUACUUGCUUGAGGAAGAAGGCCUCGACUUCUCUGAGCCCCAGCCAGGGGUGCUCCGCGUUGUGUUAUACUGAUCAAGGAAGUUAUAGGAGUUCACACCAUGGAAAAACAAUUGUCAAAAAGAAAAAUAUCUUGUACAUGGAAAGAUAGUAAAAGUACCAAAACAGGAAAAAGUUUUGAAAAGCGCAGGAAAAUGUGUUAUUUAGGUGAUACUACAGUCGACCCUCAUUUUGUAGCUGUUAUGACGAUCAGGCUAGCAGUUCAAUUUUUCAUAUUGACGACUCUGUUGAUAACAAUUUUUUGGUUCUCCAGUGUAACUUGUAGAACUCAUUUAUAGCAACAUGUGAUAUUGGCAA